AGGAGACACACCAGCCCGUCGGGGUCCUUGCUGUAAAACUCGCAGAGCUCCCCAGGGCCGCAGUGAGGCUUCCCUCCGGGGAUGCAUUAAAGGAGCCGAGGUUUAGUCUGCCGCCGCCGGCGCCGCCUCCUCUCCGCUCGGCUGCAGGGCGACAGAGGACAGACUCUCACCAGACUCUCCUGCAAGGGGACACGGGCAGAGCAGCGGAGAGAGGCCGAAAAGCUGCCAGCGCUGCUGCUUCACCCCAUCGCAGAAGUCAAGUGUGGUGUUUUCUCUGUCUAUGAGGAGCUUCGCCAUCGCUCAGUGACAGACAGACAGACAGACAGACAGACAGACAGACAGACAGACAGACAGACAGACAGACAGACAGACAGACAGACAGACAGACAUGCUGCAGGUGCAGAGAGUCUCUGAUCAUCCCGCAGCGAUGGCCCGACCCAGCGCUGAGCUGUCCCUCUGCUAGGCGACGGGGCAUCCGACAGGGCAGGAGACAUGUUGGGACAGAGGACCGAGGACCACCGCACUGAAGUCUGUUACUAUAGCAAAUACUGUAGUAACCAUGGAAAAGCUAUGGAGGACUGCUCUGGUCUGCACUGCCGUUGUCGUCCUGGUUGCCACCAAGAUCACAGGAGGUCACAAAGAUGAGUUUGCUAAAUCACAAGCUGCUUUCCUGUCCACCCUAGGCCAGUAUGAGAUCGCCAUCCCAGUACGUGUAGGACCAGUUGGCGAGAUGCUGGACACUAACAGGACAAAAUACCACCAAAGAAGACGACGAAGCACUGAAGACAGGCUGCCUGACUCUCUCUUCUACCAGCUGUCCACGUCGCAGAACAACUUCCUGCUGAACCUGACGCUGCAGGGAGGCCUGCUGUCCCGCCAGUUUAGGGUGGAGUACUGGAAGAGGGGCCAACUAGCCUGGAGUCACCCGUACUCUCCCCAUUGUCAUUACACGGGUCACCUCCAGGACCAGCCGCACUCCAGCAAAGUGGCCCUGAGCAACUGCAACGGCCUGCAGGGGGUGAUUGUUGCAGGGGGAGAGGAGUACCUCAUUGAACCGCUUGUCUCACCAGAUAACCAAACCCGGACAGAGAGGGGGGAGAGGACAGAAGGGCGCCCCCAUGUGGUGUACAAACGCUCAUCACUGCGCUAUCAGUACAAGGGCCGCUCCUGCGGCGUCAUUGACGAGAAGCCAAUGAAAGGCGCGUCGUGGUGGCAGCGGACCCUGAAGACGCCGCCUCACCACGUCGGCCGCGGCCAGCUGCCGCUGAAGCGCUCGGUCAGUCAGGAGCGCUACGUGGAGACGCUGGUGGUGGCCGACAAGAUGAUGGUGGGAUACCACGGUCGCAGGGACAUCGAGCAGUACAUCCUGGCCGUCAUGAAUAUUGUUGCCAAACUGUUCCAUGAUUCUAGUCUGGGGAAUGCAGUCAACAUCGUGGUGACACGACUCAUCCUGCUCAUGGAAGACCAGCCAACACUGGAGAUCAACCAUCAUGCUGGGAAGUCUUUGGACAGUUUCUGUAAGUGGCAGAAAACCAUCCAGCACCGCAGCAGCAGCUACGGGAACGCCAUCCCGGACAACGGCAUCGCUCACCACGACACCGCCGUGCUCAUCACCAGGUACGACAUCUGCAUCCAGAAAAACAAGCCCUGUGAAACUCUAGGUCUGGCUCCGGUGGGAGGGAUGUGUGAGCCAGAGAGGAGCUGCAGCAUCAACGAGGACAUCGGUCUGGGAACAGCCUUCACCAUCGCCCACGAGAUCGGUCACACAUUUGGGAUGAACCAUGACGGGAUGGGGAACGCCUGCAGGCCGCGCAGCCAGGAGACCGCCAAGCUGAUGGCUGACCACAUCACCAUGAAGACAAACCCGUUCAUCUGGUCGGCCUGCAGCCGGGAUUACAUCACCAGCUUCCUGGACUCAGGUCUGGGCUCCUGUCUGAACAACAUGCCGCCAAAGCAGGAGUUUGUUUACCCCACCACCGCCCCGGGUCAGGCCUACGACGCAGACGAGCAGUGCCGCUUCCAGUACGGCAUCCGAUCCCGGCAGUGCAAAUAUGCGGAAGUCUGCAGCGAACUUUGGUGCAUGAGUAAGAGCAACCGCUGCAUCACCAGCAGUAUACCUGCAGCAGAGGGAACCAUCUGUCAGACUAACACCAUAGAGAAAGGGUGGUGCUUCAAACGGGUGUGUGUUGCGUAUGGGACUCGUCCAGAAGGGGUGGAUGGAGGCUGGAGUCUGUGGUCCGCCUGGGGGGAGUGCAGCAGGACCUGUGGAGGUGGAGUCUCCUCCUCCGUCAGACACUGCGAUAGUCCCAGGCCAACCAUUGGAGGAAAAUACUGUCUGGGAGAAAGAAAGCGCUUCAGGUCCUGCAAUAUUGAUGAGUGUCCUGCAGGCUCCAGGGACUUCAGAGAGAUCCAGUGCUCCGACUUUGACAGCACUCCUUUCAGGGGAAAAUUUUACACCUGGAAACCGUACAGAGGAGGUGGGGUGAAGCCCUGCUCUCUCAACUGCCUCGCUGAAGGAUACAACUUCUACACGGAGCGAGCUCCCGCCGUGGUGGACGGCACGCCGUGUCGAGACGACGCACUGGAUGUUUGUGUAAACGGAGAGUGCAAGCACGUGGGCUGCGACCGUGUGCUCGGGUCAGACGUGCGUGAAGACCGCUGUCGGACGUGCGGCGGCGACGGGAGCGGCUGCAUCUCCGUGGAGGGAGUCUUCAACGACUCGCUGCCUGAAGGAGAUUAUGAAGAAGUGGUGAGAAUUCCUAAAGGAUCAGUGUUCAUCCACAUUCAAGAGCUCAACAUUUCCCUCAACUACCUUGUCCUGAAGAGCAAAAAUGACCAGUAUUUUAUCAAUGGGAAGCUCAACAUCGACACGCCUCGAAGGUUCAGCGUUGCUGGGACGAUUUUCCACUACAGGCGGCCCACCGAUGGUCCAGAAACGCUAGAAGCUCUGGGCCCAACGAACAUGACCCUCAUUGUCAUGGUGCUGGUGAGGGAGGACAACCAGGGGAUCCACUAUCGUUUCAACCCGCCUGCCAGCAGGGAACCCAUGAGCGGCUUCGCCUGGCAGUACACGUCCUGGUCCCGCUGCUCAGCUUUGUGUGCGGGAGGUGUACAGAUCCAGCAGGUUGUGUGUAAGAGGCAGUCGGAUCUUUCUGUCGUCUACAAUCACUUCUGUGACAAGAAGAGCAAACCCAAAGAGAAGAGCAGAUCCUGCAACACUGAGCCGUGCUCCCCAAACUGGUGGACAGGAGAGUGGUCGGAGUGCAGCCGCAGCUGCAACGGCGGCCUGCGCACUCGGGAGGUGUUAUGUAAAAGGAGGAUCUCUGCGGUGGAGGAGAAGGUCCUGGACGACUCGGCCUGCAGCUCCACCCGCCCCUCGUUCACAGAGCCUUGCAGCAACCACAGCUGCCCUCCAGAGUGGCUGGCCUUGGACUGGUCUGAGUGCACACCCAGUUGUGGUCCUGGCUACCGACAUCGCGUGGUGUUGUGUAAGAGCGGGGAGAGCGGCGACACAUUGCCAGACUCAAAGUGUCCCAAAAAUGGCCGCCCGACGUCCAGGGUGCGCUGUAACCUGCAGCGUUGCCCUCCUCCUGUCUGGGUGACGGGCCCGUGGGGCGAGUGCUCUGCCAGAUGCGGUCUGGGUCAAGAGAUGCGCUCGGUUCAGUGCCUGGCCCACACUGGCCAGCCAUCCAACGAGUGUCUGGAGCACCAGCGGCCCGCCGCCAUGCAGCAGUGCAAGAGCAAAUGUGACGCCAGUCUGCCCGUCAACUCAGAGAACCCAGAAGAGUGUAAAGAUGUGAGCACUGUGGCGUACUGCCCCCUGGUGCUCAGGUUCAAGUUCUGCAACCGGCCAUAUUUCAGACAGAUGUGCUGUAAGACCUGCCAGGGACACUGACGCUGCUGCGGUCGCAGGGUCAAACAGUAAGACUGAACCUUUUCCACUGAGCCUCGCUGCAGCAGCCUUCACCGUUUCUCCGUCGGUUCAAGCUUGGGCUCCACUGUCGAUGCUGACAAACAGAUCCUGAAAUUAGUCAGAGGGGUGCUUUGUUUUCCUCUCCUCACUGAUAAUCCAGAUUUGAAAUCUCUGGACCAAACAUCGUUCCACUGGAGGAGAGGGUCCAGCGCUGAAACCUGGAGAGGAAGGAGGGAGGGAGGCAGCAGCUGACCCUCUCUUUGCCUCUCUAAACUUUGACUUGGUCUUAAUAUUUUGGUGCUAUGCGUUUAAUUUUGGCUAUGGGACUGGUUUCAGUAAUCUUAAACUCCACUUCUUAUCACUUGAGUGGCCUAAAUGUUUAGCCUGUUAUACGUUUUUAAAACAUCCACUUUGAAAGGAAAUGAUUUUCACGAUAUCUGUGCCCACAACAUUGCAAAAACACAAAAUCUUAUCAAUUAAUUUUGGUCUAGUUUCUAGUGCAAAUAUCUUAGUGCACUUGACAAAACUGACCAACACAUAACUUUUCAACAAGAUAUAUAAGCUUGUUUCAAGCCAAUAGUUCAUUAAAAUUGAUGGAGUUUAUUUAUAAAGUACUUGUUCCAUUGUCAUUGAUGACAAGAUAAAUUUUUCAUGUAUAAGUGAAAUAAUCUGUCUCUGGAAAUGGUACAAUUUCAUAAAUAUGUAGAAAUCAUUGACUUAAAGCUUCUAUACUUCUAAGUUAGUUUCCUUAUUUUAGGUGCACUGAGAUAUUUGCACUAGAAACUCGACCAAAGUACUUUUGUGUUUUUGCAGUGGAAAAGAUUGGCUCCUUUAAUUUGAAAACAUAUUUUGAUGUUAGCUUUUACUUGACUUACUGUUUUUAUGUCUUGUUUUGUUGCAUAUCAGUAUAACCAUUGAGUCCUCGCAGUUAUUCGGUUGUAAGAGCAGAUUUGGAUUUGCACAAAGCGUCUGCAGUCGGAGGACUUGUGUGUUUUGUGUUUCUUGUCCCAUCAUUUGACUUGAUGUCUUUAUGGAAGUUGUGGAAAACGCCUCGGUCUUGCCAUUUGGGUAGUUUCCCCGACAGUUUGUCACCUCUGCAAGGUUAAAUCGCAACACGCAGCAGAGCUUCACUGCAAAUAGUUUCAGAUUGUCAGACUUUGGCACGAAGUCUCAGACAUUAUCAGAUUUCGCUCCGUGCAGCCUGGUUGUAAAGUUUUUGUUUAAUUUUAUUUUUCCCACAUGUGUAAAGGUGCAAAUACUGAGUGGAAACACAGAGCACAGUGAGCCACAGCUCUGCCAACAGGAAGAGGCCAACAGAGGAGAGAGGCAGCCUCACAUUUCUGUCACGUUCUUUACAUCAGAAAAGCUAAUCUGAGAAAUUAAAUGCGUCAUUUAUCAGCCUUUCUUCAGGCAUGACCCCCUUUCAGACAGUUUCCUUCACAAAACUGCAGGUGCUCUGUCUAUAACUUUAAACCAACCUGAUUUCAUUCUAACUGGAACUCUUAUUUCUUUUUAAAGUGGGGAUAUUUAAGACGACUAUCUCGUCUUAAAACACAAAAAAUAGAAAUGUCCGAACCCAAGAGCCCAUUUCAUCUUUUGUGAUUUUGAAUAUUAUUUUAUUUUCUACCUAAGAAAGUUUGGUUAUUUAUUUGACACAGAAUAAGAUUCUGAGAAUAAAACCCUCUGAAUUUUAAAUUAGAAAUCAGAAGAGGCUAAAAUCCUCUUCUGUGUAAAUAAUAGAAAUCUGAUGCACAGUGAUGAGGUAAAUGAGUAUCAAAUAUUUGGAAAAAUGUAAUAAAAGUAAAGUAAUGGGCCUACAGAAUCUCUUCACAAAAUCUUUUCGGAGAUUACGAAAUCACAGCAUUCUGUCAGAAACGCUGACACUGUUUUUUUGUUUGUUUGUUUUGGGGAGGGGAAGAGAAUUGACUCUCGGUUUAUUUUUAACGUGACCCUGAAGUGUCCCACUUUUGGUACGACCUCGUCUGAAGCAGAGCGGAUUUAGUGACGCAUAAACCGCGUUUCUCCGACUCGUAGGGAGAAACAGAAGAAAUGCCGCCUCGGUGUUUUCAGUCUUCGCGCCUCGUGGCCUCGCUGUGACGCUCACUCUGCUCUCUGACCUGCCGGGGUUUAGUUAGAGCAGCUACUUGUUGCGACACUCAAACGUUUCUCUGUGAAGAAAGGAAGUGACGGUCUGUCUUUGUGAGGAUUGGCUGCACUUGUUCCCGUUACUUCUGGUGGUGCUUCGGUUUUGAAUGGUGCUAUUUGUUGACUGUCGUUUGUUCCUCAUGUAUCAUGUAAGCAGUUGUUAAAAUCUUUUAUUUAAAAAUCAACUUGAGCCUUUCUUUUUUUAUAUAUAUUACAGGUCUGCAAGGUAGAACGUAUAGUGAUGAAGUGUAUAAGUGCAGCUGUUUAUAAAGGUUCAUCCACUAGAAGUCCUCUUUGAUUCAUGUCUUCAUUUAUUUGUGUAAUAACUAAUGUUUACAAUGAAAACAUUAAUUACUCAGAGGCCCCGUUUCCUGAAUGCAGUGACGUUAUCCAGCAUGACACACACUUUUCAUGCUUACACAGUGUCUUACAAAAGUAUUUUUAUCCCCUGGAAGUUUGGAUUUUACAUUUCUACAACCACCUAAUCUGAAAAGUGUGGCAUGCUUUUGAAUCAUAUGUAAAAUUUUCUUUCCAGCUGAAAAUCUUCACCAGUUUCUGUAGCUUAGGACUCACUGUUGGAGCUUAAGGAAACAGUCCACAGUAAAACACUUAAGUUACUUGUUCUGGAGUGACUUUAAAGAAAAUAACGCCACAUUUUAAAAUGUCUCAAUUAUGUCUUUACUUGUGAUUUAAUGGGAGACGUGUUGGUUCUCUGGUAAAUAUGUAUAAAACAAGAAAUGAUCAAAUUUAAUUUAAUCAAAUCACUUUUAUUUUAAAACUUGUUUGCAUGUUUUUUUAAAUAAAA